CAUCAAUUUAAGCUAAAAUAAAACGAUGGACAAUAGUUAUGGAGUAUUGGAGUGGGAAGGUAAAAAUUUGACAAGCACAUUUUAACUAACGUUUGGCUUAUGUUGCUUAUGCAGUUCUUCUUUCUACCCGGAAGCUACAAUAUUCUUUUUCAAUAACGAUCUACUCCUGUUAAUUUUUCAAUAAUCCGUCAAUCAGAUUUCAAUUCAAACAACUGAUCUGCGAAAUCAUUUUUUUUUUUUUUUUCUUAAUUUUAAAAAAACUGCAAUCCCAUUAGUUUUUACAUCACUUGAUCGCCUGAUCUCGUGACACUAUUAGUUUCGAUGGAUUCUUGGCUCAAACGUGCUGAAGAUUUGUUUGAAGUUGUUGAUCGGAGGGCAAAACUUGUUGCGAAUGAACUUACAGAUGAGCAAUCCAAUAGUCUCCCAGCAGUUUCUAACGGAAAGGGUCUUCAAGGGAAAAGGUCAAAGCCAAAGGGAAAGAAGAGAGCUUCUGUGGAGGAACACGUGAAAAAGAAGGACACCGUGCAGGAAGAAAGUAGCUUACAACUAUCAGUAUCAAAUUCUAUAACUGAUGAAAUGAUGGAGGUCACAGCAGUUGACAAUGUUGGGCUGAUCAGAAGUCAUUCAACAGCCCAAACCAACAUUGAGAUGCUUGGCAGGACUGAUAAUAAUUCUUAUGUGGAUGGUGCUGAAUCUAAACCCUCAUCAUCUGAAGUGAGCAAACCUGGUGAUAGGCAGGGGGAGGCUGAUACAAGUGAUAAAGUGGUCAUUUCAUCUUUAAAUGGUGAACUUAAUAAUGAUAUGGUUCCUGCUACCAAAUCUGGUGUCACUGGGUCUGAGGUGAGCCUUGACAAUCAUCCAAUUGAUUCUGGCCAAAGUAUCAGUUCAAAAGAUGAAGAUAACUCUUUGAAGAGUACUGAAGAUGAAUCAUCAUCCGUAGUUGAUGUUACACCCAUUCCAGUGUCUGCUGACAAGAAAAAGAUAAGCACUGUUGAUGCCACACCUGAACCUAUCUCCAAGUCCUCGAAACAGGGGGAUGAAAAGUCAAGAACAUCUUCAAACAAAGUACAAGAGCAACUCGAGGAGGCUCAAGGUCUACUCAAGUCAACGAAUUAUUCUGGUCAAUCAAAAGAGGCGAGGUUAGCGCGGGUUUGUGCUGGACUUUCAUCCCGUCUUCAGGAAUACAAGUCUGAAAAUGCUCAGUUAGAAGAGCUUCUGACUGCUGAAAGGGAGCUCAGCAAAUCAUUUGAGGGUCGCAUAAAGCAACUGCAGCAAGAGUUAUCUGCUGCUAAAGCUGAAGCAAACAGGCUUGAGUCAAUUAUGGCUGAAGCACUAACUGCUAAAAAUUCUGAAAUUGAGACACUUGUUGGUUCUCUUGAUGCUCUGAAGAAGCAGGCUGCUUUGUCUGAAGGGAAUAUCGCAUCUAUGCAGGCAAAUAUGGAGACUUUGAUGAGAAACAGGGAACUAACAGAAACACGGAUGAUGCAAGCUCUAAAGGAGGAGCUUGCUUUGGCUGAACGAUGGGCAGAAGAAGAGCGUGUAGCUCAUAAUGCCACCAAAAAGGCUGCUAUGGAAAGGGAAGUAGAAUUAGAACACCGAGCUGUUGAUGCCUCUACUGCCCUUGCUAGACUCCAGAGAAUGGCAGAUGAGAGGGCAGUGAAGGCAGGUGAACUUGAACAGAAGGUGGCAUUGCUUGAGGCUGAAUGUGCAUCUUUAAGUCAAGAACUGCACGACAUGGAAGGUUGUCUCCGUCGUGAGCAAAAGAAGUCGCCUGAAGAUGCAAAUCAGUUGAUUCAGAUACAGACAUGGCAACAGGAAGUAGAACGUGCACGUCAAGGUCAAAGAGAUGCAGAAAUCAAGCUUUCUUCUCUUGAGGCUGAAUUACAAAAGAUGAGAAUUGAAAUGGCUGCCAUGAAAAGGGAUGCUGAGCAUUAUUCACGUCAGGAGCACAUGGAGCUUGAAAAGAGAUACCGGGAAUUAACUGAUCUAUUGUACUACAAGCAAACACAGCUUGAAACAAUGGCAAGUGAAAAAGCUGCUGCAGCGUUUCAGUUGGAGAAGGAGAUCAAGCGUCUUCAGGAAGCACAGGCUGAAGCAGAAAGAAACAAGAUUUCUCGCCGCGCAUCAUCAACAUGGGAUGAUGAAACAGACAUGAGAGAACUUGAGCCUCUUCCAUUACACCAACGUCACUUGGCUGGCGCUAGUAUACAGUUGCGGAAGGCAGCAAAAUUUUUGGAUACAGGUGCAGUCAGUGCUACGAGGAUUCUCUGGCGACAUCCUAGAGCUCGUGUCGGCCUGCUAUUUUAUCUAGUUUUCGUGCAUCUGUUCUUGAUGUAUCUGUUGCACCGUCUUCAGGCUCAAGCUGAUGAUUUUGCUGCUCGAGAAGUCGCUCAAUCAAUGGGACUUUCUCAACCCAACUUGCCAUGAUUAUAGUGUGAGCUCAAUUGCUGGAAUCUCUGUCAAUGCUACUCCAGUAACUAAAAUGUGGAAAAAUACUGGUUUGGUUAGUUACUAGUCUUGUAUAUCGUCUGUCAGAAUGAACGGUGAGUGCUAGAAGUUGUGUACUAUUAUUUGCGUUUCUCGUUGUAUCGACAGUUGACCCAUCAAAACCGACUAACAGCAACACUCAAUCUCUUAUGGCAUUCAGCAAAUCGCACCAUUGUACAGUGACGAAGCAUACGUUAUUCUACGGUUGUACUUCAAGGAUGUAUACAUAGUCUUGCAGGUUGUCAAAAGCCUGGUAUGCUUUUUCGAAGAUACUAGGAUGUGAUGAAGAUUGCGUAUAAUUCUAAGUGGAACUUGAACUAUAUACUUGCUACACUCGUUUCUAUUAUCGACACUGAUAUAACUAAAUUUGUUUUAGAUCGAUGGAUUCUUUUAUUUGAUUUUACAUUUGUAGAAGUUACAAAAUAAAAUUUUUGAGAAUUCGUAUGUAAUCCUUUGAUAUAUUGUAAAUUCUUAAAGGUGAUGGAAUUGGCUUAUAGUAGUA